UCCGCCUCCCCGGUUCUGCGCCGCUGCUGCCAUCGCUGCUAUGCGCCCAGCUCCGCCGCUGCCCCAGCUGCCCCGCCGCCGGGCUCCUAUAUAAGUGUCGGAGCGGGACCCAGGGGGCUCCUGAAGAUGAGGGCACCGCCGCCUCCGUCCUCUCUGCAGAGCUUAGCGCUUCUGGCCGGCCGCCUGCCAGGGGAGAGCCCAGCCCAGCGCCCAGCAGCAGCGGCAGGGGGCCGCGCAGGGCAGCGGCGCAGGGAGUAGCUGCAGAGCGCUGGCGGCUCCCCUGUCCCCGCUGCUGCUGCCAUGAGCUGCUCGGACGUGGUGAUGCACCAUUCCCAGGCGGCGUGUGGGGCGCCCCAGUAUCUGCCAAGCCCGGUGGCGGCAGCCGCGUAUUGCCCCCUUCCUGCGCCCAGCCAGCAGAAGAAGUUAGCUGUUUACAACAAGAUGCAAGAGUCCCUGGAGGUGACCCUUUCCAACAAACAGGAGGAAGAUGAGAAAGACCAGCCCGCUGAGAUGGAAUACCUUAACUCUCGCUGUGUCCUUUUCACUUACUUCCAGGGAGACAUUGGGUCAGUAGUGGAUGAACACUUCUCAAGAGCUUUGAGCCAAACCAGCAGCUUCAACCCAGAAACUGCCCUUUCAAAAAGCAAGGCAGGGCUAAGCCCCCUGUGGAGAGAGAGCUCAACAAUGUCAAGCCAACGGAGCAGUUUCCCAGCUUCAUUUUGGACCAGCUCUUAUCAACCUCCACCUCCACCAUGUUUGAGUGGAGUCCAUUCUGACUUCCCAAUCACUGCACCAGGCACCUUCCCAACAGCAGAUCCUAGCAGUUGGCCAGGACACGGCCUUCAUCAGACUGCCCCACCUCCUCCCGCUACUGCAUCAGAAUCCUGGCAUUAUCCUUUAGCAUCUCAGGUUAGCUCUUCAUAUGCGCACAUGCAUGAUGUGUACAUGCAUCACCAUCACCCCCAUCCACACAUGCAUCAUCACCAUCCUGGCUCUCAUCUUGACCCACGGUAUGGAUCCCUAUUGAUGCCUUCAGUACGUGCAGCCAGGAUUCCUGCUCCACAGUGUGACAUGAUAAAGACAGAUCCUACUACUGUCACCAGUGCUACCUCAGCAUGGGCUGGAGCCUUUCACGGAACAGUGGACAUCGUGCCAAGCUUCGGGUUUGACACAGGUCUACAGCAUCAGGACAAGAGCAAGGAAUCUUCUUGGUUCUGAAGAUGAGAUGCAUCUUAGCACCAGCUAGUGUCCCCACAGCUGGGAUGAUGAUAUUGAAACUGUUGACUGUUUCUGCAUGGGGGCAAAGGACACACCGCUAAGGAGAAGAUGAAGAGCCAGUCAUUCUGGUUUUGCUGUUGAGCCUUUUCUUUGGCAGGCCACUUCUGGGUCCCAGAACAUAGAAGAAAAAAAACUUAUUUUUCUUUCUUUCCUCAUCUGAGCCUGCUGCAGCUGUGCAACCUAACUUUGUUUUGCUCCUUUAACAGUGUUUUAUUUUGUUCAUUCUGGUGGGUUUUUUAAUGCACAGCCUUGAUUGUAGGGAAAAGACUGUGCCUUGACUACAGUGCUCAUCCUUUCAGGAAUAGAGUUUUUGUAGCUCUUUGUGUGUCUAUUUUUGUAGAAAUACAGAAAGUUUGGGUAAGAAUUGGUGGACUAUUUUAGGAUGCCAUAUUUUUUUUAAAAAAAUUGUAAAAUUGUUAAGUUCUGUUUAAAGAACUUGCUCUCAGAGAAGCACUGGCAAAAAUGUAUAAAACGCUUAUUUUUAAAUGUUUGUAUUUGUGUGUUUGUUUUGUUACCUCAAUUCUCUUUUUUUUUUUAAAGAGCAAACCCUUUGCUAGUCCAAUCCUUCAUUGUUUCCAUUUUUUGCAAGAUUUUGCAGGUUUUUUGGUCCUUUAUUCUAGCUUAAACAGCUAUAAUUUACUCUUAACAUUUCUACUAAAUAUUUUUUUCUGCCUGUCAGAUUGUAGAAAUGGUGUCUAUAUAUUCUUUUUCUUGUUUCUGAAAAUGGCUUUGUGCUGUGCUCACUAUGAGAAAAAAUGUGUGAAACCUUUUGCAUGGGGCAAAGUCUGCCUUUAUUAUACGAUCUAUAUUUUCAACCCAUUCAUUCUUUCAAAAUGGACCAAAUAUUUAUAUGGACUUAAAGGAGAAAAGGAGCUUGGGCCUGUCCCAGUGUCCAUCGAAGUGAAUGGAAAGCCUCCCAUUGACAUCCAUGGACUCUGGAUCAGGCCCUUUUUCUGUGAUGACCAUCCACAAAUUGGUAUUUUCAUUUCUAAUAAUUUUCGGAGGCGGGAGUUUCAGUUUAGGCCAUUUGAAGAGUAUUUUUUUUUCACGUGAACAUUCAAGGAUAAAAUACAGGUUUUGCAAAAAGCUGCAACUCGUGGAAACAAAGUAUUUUCAUAAGGCCAUAUCUUGCAAUUUGCUGAGCAGCUUGUCUGAGUUGCUUGAGUGCCUUCAGCUCCUAUUGAAUUCAACUGGGCUGAAGUUUUCAAAAGUCAGCCUCCGAUCUCUGGUCCCUCCUUGUUUGGUUGCCCAACCUGAGACAUGUUAGGGACUGAAUCUGAAAAGGGCUGAUCGCCUGCAGCUUCUAUGGAUUUCAUGGGCAGUUAUGAAUUUUUAGCCUUGGGCUAUCCAUUUAAGAAUCCACUCUGAGAUAACUUUUUGAUAAUUUUAGCCAUAGAACAUUGCAAGAGAUUGCUGGAUUGGGCCUGGUCUAGAAGCUCCCCCAACACACACACACGAGGAGUCCUUUGGAAGCCAGUGUGAGUAAGGACUAAUUCCAUGAAUAAGAGCUGUAGCAUUGCAUAUUAAAAAAAAAAAACAAUCUUGCAAUUAGCUUGGUGGAGGUGGAGCUAUGCACAGAGCUCCCUUGACUUCAGUGGGGUUUUUAUGGGGUCAGGAGUCUGCCAGUGUAGUGCUAACUGCAGGAUGAGGGCUGAAGUUGGUAAUGCAGUAAUUGUUUGGAAAUGUUGCCUUUUUACUCCAUUCAGCUUUUAACAUAUAUAUUUAAGCUUUCUCUCAUUUUUCAAAAUAUUCCUAUCAUAUAUUCUAUUUUUGCUACCACCCUCCCAGCCAAAACAUUCAAAAGAUGAACAAAACUAAUCUAAGUGUGAUCACUACUGAGAUAAAGGCUGACUUGUCUUUAGGGCAGUGAACAUCUUAAAUGUGGGGUUUACAAGUGCAUGGGACCCACAGCUCCAAGUGAAGUGAAUGGGAGCUGUAUGUGCUCAACCUCCUGAAGUUCAGUUCUAUAUCUUGAUGAGAUAACCUUCCUCUACGCUCUUAGGACCUGGUGCUGUGAGGUGCUGGCAUUUUCCACUCCCAUGGAAGCUAGCUGGAAAUGGAGGCACUCAGAAUAUCAGAAUUAAGCCCUAAGCCCUAAAGCACAUGUUUUUCUGAUUUGGGGCAUACCUAAAGAUCUGAGCCCCAAUUAUAACUUCCUAAACUCCUUCCUCCUAUCUCCUCUAGUCAUUAACAUUUUUUUCCUGAUACUGAACUUCACUCCCACUAUAGUCUCAUUGCAAUGCUGCUCUCCUGGGGGAGCUGGGUUCUUUGUUGCUCAAUGGCUUAGUUAGCAACAGAAAAACCUCAAGGAUAGGAAGCUAGCAUAAGCUUCUAAAAGUUUGGCUACUUAUAAGAAAAUUGUAGUUCAAGAACUGCUGCAAGAUCAGAUUCCUUUGUGGCAGUGCCAGAAAGUCCUGGGUUUGGCUUUGCUGGAAAUGGUGCAAAACAGUUUUUCAUAGAUUUGGCUAGGCCUGCAAGGGGAAGGUUCUAACCAAACCUUUUGAACUAAAAACAAACCAAAAAAAAAGUUCCUUUUUGAAUUUUGGUUGGCUCUUAUUAUAUCUGAAUUGGCACACCUGUUUCUAGUAAUAGUGGCCAAUUGAUUGCUCUCUGCUUUGCAACAACAGAGCAGGGAAUGACCUGCUCCUGUUCCUGUUGAACUCCCAGUGACUAAAAAGACAGUAUGGCAAGGUCCAAAGUUUCUGCUCAAAUCUCAAUUAGUGUUGUUUUUAUAGGUUAGCAGGUAAGCGAGAUGUGAAUGAUUGAAGAUCCCAUCUCCUGUUUCCAUCAUAAGGGCUCUUCCCACUGGCUAAAGCCGAGAAUAAGUCUAAAGUACUUCUUCUGCUCUGCAGGGUCAGGUAGACAGAGUGCCAAUAAAAACACGCUACUGAUGUAACAGUUAAUGCAUCUGAUCAAUUGACGUAAAGGUUUAUUUCAUUUUUCUUCCUGUUAAAUUUGAUUUCACUAGCAACUAAACUGACCUUUGCUAAGAAAUUAGCUGGAAAAAAAAUUAAGCCAAAGCUGUAGUAACGUGGUUGCUCAUAUAUUCUAAAACUUGAAGGACAAGAACAAAUCUUCCACAUGACAAACCUUUACAGUUGAAGUCAGCAGACUUACUCCACCAGAAAAAGAAAAGA